AUGGGUGUGCCCAAGUUCUUCCGCUGGGCGGCGGAGCGCUUCCCCUCCAUCAUCACCCCCUUCAAGGACUCGCCACCGCCGGUGGACAACCUCUACCUCGAUAUCAAUGGUAUCAUCCACAACUGCACGCACCCGAACGAUGUCGACGCGACGCGGCGCAGUCCGACAGAGAAGGAGAUGAUUCAGGCGAUGUUCAUCUAUCUGGAGAAGCUCUUCAACGCCAUCCAGCCGCGCAAGUACUUUCUGCUUGCCGUCGACGGUGUCGCGCCGCGCGCGAAAAUGAAUCAGCAGCGCCAGCGCCGCUACCGUGCCGGUUACGAGAUGAUGAUCGCGCGUCAGGAGGCGCUCGCGAUGGGCGAGGAGGUGCCGGAGGAGAAGGACGUGUUCGACAGCAACUGCAUCACCCCUGGCACCCCGUUCAUGGUGCGCGUGAGCAAGGAGUUUCAGUACUUCAUCACAAUGAAGCUGUCCACUGAUCCGGCGUGGCAGGGGUGCCAGAUCAUCUUCUCCGGCCACGACUGCCCCGGCGAGGGUGAGCACAAGAUCGUCGAUUUUAUUCGCCGGCGCAAGAUGCAGCCUAACUACGACCCCAACGAGACCCACUGCAUGUACGGCCUCGACGCCGAUCUCGUCAUGCUAGCGCUCGCCACGCACGAGCCGCACUUUGUACUGCUGCGCGAGGUGGUCACGUUCGGCCCCGGCUCUCGCAAGGAGCGGGAGCGGCAGGAGGAGGAUGAGGCGAAGGGCCUCGUGAAGGACAAAGCGUACCACAAGGCGGACGAGUUUGUGCUGCUGCACAUCAACGUCUUCCGCGACUACCUGCAGCUGGAGGUGAAGGGCUACCUGGCGAAGGCGAAGAGCAGCGCAAGUAUGGACUUUGAGCGAGUGAUCGACGACUUCGUCUUCAUGUGCUUCUUUAUCGGCAACGACUUCCUGCCGACGCUGCCGACCAUCGGCAUCAACGAUGGCAGCAUACCGGCGCUCCUGCGCAUCUACGUGGACAACAUGCUCAGCAAGAACAAGUACCUGACGCACAAGGGCGAGAUCGACUGGCGAAACGCCGAGGUGUGGUUGAACGAGGUCGGCAAGCUCGAGUUCGAGACGCUGCGCCGACGUCAGCAGGAGGAGGCGGAGUUCCAGAAGAACCGCGCUCGCCGCGACCCUACCCACGAGGUGGACGCCACCUCCGUAAUGCCUAUCACGUCGAUCCUGGAGUUCAAGCAGCGCUACUACGGCGAAAAGCACGGCUUCGCUGGCGGCUGGGACGCGAACAGCGCAGACAUGCGCCGGCUGCGGGAGCACUACGUGGAGGGGCUCAUGUGGGUCAUGCAUUACUACUAUCAAGGCGUGCCUUCAUGGAAGUGGUUCUUCCCGCACUACUAUGCACCCAUGGCGAGCGACAUGGUGAAUCUCCCCGCCAUCGCCGCCCGUGUCUCGUUCGAGCUCGGCAAGCCCUUCCAGCCGCACCAGCAGCUGCUGGCCGUGCUGCCACCCAUGUCAUACCUGUCCAUGCCCAAGGCCUACUGGCCCCUGCUGCGCAGCCCGAGUAGCCCGCUCGCCAAGUACCUGCCCGAGCACAUUGUUAUCGACCGCGAAGGCGCGCGCGCGCCGUGGGAGGGCAUUGUGCUGAUCCCCUUCAUUGACGAGCGCACGCUGCUCGCCGCCUACGAGUCGGUGCAGAAGAACGUCAGCCCCGAGGACGCCGCAAACAACGUGAAUGGCCCCCCGCUGCGGUUCUGCUACGACGGCAAGAUGCCGCCAUACGAGCUGGAGGAUGGGAUGUUCGGGUCUCUCCGGAACGUCCUCGUGAGGCGCGAGACGUACGCAUUCCCUCCCAUCGACAAGUUCACUCCGCAGCUGUGCCCUGGCGUGCACGUUGGCACGCGGCAGCUGGAGGGCUUCAGCACCCUCCAGUCGAAGCGCGACCUAAUCCAGCCGAUCUUCGAGGCUGGAGUCGUGUCGAUCUUUGGCCGUCCCACCAAGAACGACAGUCUCAUCUUGCAGAUGCGCGACUUCUUCAAGGCCAAGUCGGUCGACCAGGUGGCGACUCUCGUCGGCAAGGAGGUGCUCGUCGGCUUCCCGCACUACAAGCGUGCCCGCAUCGCCUCCCUCAAGGAUGUGCACAAGUCCAUCACUGCUUCGUACAGCAAGGAGGGCACCUUCAGCGGCACCGAGGAGCACAAGAACAACCGUGAGGAGUCGGCUGCCUUCGUGAAGGAGGCGGACACGCACGCACGCUUCAUGAAGUCGCAGCUGGGCCUUGGCGUGGAGCAGGUCGACGUCCUCGUGUACGUGCACCGCUUCAACGGAAUGCAGGUGACGCGCAAGGGGCACAUUGAGCGACACUUCGCCACCACCUGGACGUGCUACCCAAUUCAUCUGAUCUGCACCAUGGAUAACAUAAACAUGCAGGAGGACAGCCGUUACGUCGAGCGUGACCGCAGCGAAGGUGACAGCGCCUUUGGUGCCCGCUGCGUCUACAUCGGUCCGCAGCCCAAGUCGAAGAAGUCGCAGAUGGACGUGUACGGCAGCUGUGGCACCGUCGUGACGGCUGGCCAGCAUGACACGACGACGCAGCAGGGCGAUCAGAUGACGGUUCGCCUCAAGGUGUUCCAGGAGCCGCUGCGGCUGCCGGCGGAGCUGCUGCAGUUUGCCGCGCAGCGCAACUGGACGGCGCUGCCGCAGGUGGCGAUCAGUCUCGACAUUUUACCGCACACCCUGACGAGCAUCUGCAGCUCCAUCGUCACGUCGCCUCAGUUUGGCUCUCGCGAGCUGGGGCUGUGCCUAAAGUUCACCGGGCGGUGCAUCGCCAAGGUCGGGUACGCGAAGCUGGUCCAGCACAGUCUGAACCCGUGGUACGUUGGGAACAAGGACAUCUUUGCCCGCAUGGAAAAGGAUAUGGAGGACAUUGGCUACCAUUUGGAGAUGGGCGAGAAGGGCGACUUCGCCGGUAAUUCGAGCAGCAACCGUGGUGGCAGCGGCACAUGGUACUUCUCCCGCGACGCGCAGGAGUUGAUCCGCGACUAUGUGAAGCGGUUCCGCCCACUCAUCCAGUACAUCGAGGCGGGCGGCGUAAACUCGAACAGCGUUGAGCCGCAGCAGUUCCUGACGGGCCCGUGGCGCGACAGGGAUGUCGACGACGUGCUAACGGAGAUCGAGACGUUCUUAAUAGAGUCGGGGCUGCGCGAAACGCCAAUGAUUACGGCUACGGAGGAGGCCUUUCCGCAGCAGCUGCUCGAGCAGCUUGAGGCGUCGCUGCAGGAGCAGCAGAACCGCAGCUUCAAGGAACUCUCGCUGCGGCAGGUAAGCCGCAGCCAGCUCUACUUUCCUGUCACGCGCAGCAGCUGCGGCCAUCUCGUGCCGCUGCCACUGCCGCAGGAGCAGACUUUCUACCUGGGCUCGCGGGUCGCGAACUGCCGCGCCACGGGCAUCGUUCCCUUCGGCACGCAAGGCACGAUCGUGCGCUUGCUGGCCAGCGGGAGGGAAGCAGAAAUCGUGUACGAUACCCCCUUCACGGGAGGCACGCGACUCGAUGGCCGCCUCAAGGACACUCGCGCCGCCAUCACGAAGCUGUCGGCGCUGCUUGUGCUCAAGUCGACGGAUGUGGCGCAGCCACAGCCACAGGCGCAGCCGCAGUCACAGCCGCAGCCGCAGUCACAGCCGCAGCCGCAGUCACAGCCGCAGCCGCAGUCACAGCCGCAGCCGCAGUCACAGCCACAGCUGGAAAUGAGGGCCGCUGCGGCCGCCGCCACAAACGGGUCGGCCAAGCUGCGGGAGCUGGAGUUCCUCCUGCAGGCGAACGGCAUUCACGUAGACCCCUCGGGCAAGUCCACGGUGUCGCCGCCAUCGCUGCCUGCAGCGUUUCAGAACCCCACGAUUGCCGCGGCUCGCGCUGCCCCGGCCGACUCUGGUGCGAGCCAUAGCAGCACUGCUGGCGCCAGUACAAGCGUUGUGCCGCGGCCUCGCAGUGCCGUUGCGGCGGAGCAGACGCCGGCACCAGCGACACUAGGCAAGCGCGCCACCCCUGCCUCCGCCACCGCCCACUUGUCCUCCACGUCUUCGGUGACGCCAAUCACGAGAGAGACCCACGGGAGUCCCGCGAGCCUCAAAAUCACGGCUGCCCCAGGGAGCAGCGGGAUCAGCCUCCAGGACUUGGCCAAACACUUGCCGGUCUCCACAUCCCAGCGCUCGCCCACCACUGUCGCCUCGCCGCCUGGUCACGCUCCAGCGUCGGCUGCAGUGGCGGCAACAACGACAGCGGCGCCCAGCGGGAUCGCCAUCCCAGCCCCCAAGUCUGCGCAGCAGCACCAGCACCCGGCGCAGCCCGCGUCGCCGGCGGCGACGACAGCUGUGGCCUCGCCAAGCCAAAGCAGUGAGUCGAAUGAGACGCCCCCCGGCUCGAACACGCGCCGCAAGUCGCGCGACCUGCAUGUCAUUCCGGACGACUUCGUCAGUGGACGGUUCAAGAUCAAGUACACGAACACGGGCUCGUUGUUCCGGAGCUGGCUGGACACCUUCACGGCGGAGGCGGUGCGCAAGACCCUCACCGAGCUUGAGGCGGAGGAGAAAGCGAAUCCCAUGUGA